UCGCUCUAUCCAGCCAGAUAAAAAUGUCACCAGGUGCAACAGUUCUUACUCUGAUAGGGCUAAUAGAAGCAUGUGUCACAAUGGGGGAGCCAGCUUCUCUCUGCCAGAUACGGGGGAGUCCAGAGUUUCCUGUACUGUCUAAGGAAGGAGACGUGAUGAUCGGAGGUGCCUUUUCCAUCCACAGCAAAAUCACGCAACCUUCAUUGUCCUUUACAGAGAGACCAACGGCUUAUAAAUGUAGCAGUAUUAACCAAAGGGAGUUUCGAUUUGCCCAGUCAAUGAUAUUUGCAAUUGAGGAAAUAAACAAUAAAAUGGAUCUACUUCCCAAUAUUUCUAUCGGAUAUCGGAUUUAUGACAACUGUGCAUCAACAUUAUCCUCAAUGCGAGCAGCGAUGGCUCUGAUGAAUGGCCAUGAACUGACUUUGGGAAAUAGCUGCUCUGGUCUGUCAGCAGUUCAUGCUAUCAUUGGAGAGUCUGAAUCUUCUUCAACCAUUGUCCUUUCUCGCACUACUGGACCCUUUCAAAUUCCAGUGAUAAGUCAUUCUGCCACCUGCGAGUGUUUGAGCAGUAGGAAAGAGUUUCCCGCUUUCUUUCGAACCAUUGUCAGUGAUCUAUAUCAAAGCCGUGCCCUUGCGCAGCUUGUCAAACACUUUGGCUGGACCUGGGUCGGAGCAAUCAACAGUGACAACGAUUAUGGCAACAAUGGGAUGGCCAUAUUUCUUUCUGCAGCGCAAGAGGAAGGAGUUUGUGUGGAGUACACAGAGAAAUUCGACAGAGCAGAGCCGGAGAAACUCCUGAAGGUGAUAGAGGUGAUAAAAAAGAGCACCGCUCGGGUGAUUGUUGGCUUUCUUUCCCAUGUGGAAAUGAAUAACUUGCUAGAGCAGUUGAGUCUCCACAACAUCACGGGACACCAGUUCAUCGGUGUGGAGGCCUGGAUCACUGCGGACAGCCUUGUGACUCCCACUAGCUUUAGUGUGCUGGGAGGUGCACUAGGCUUUGCAGUGCAAAAGGCCAACAUCAGUGGCCUGGAGGAUUUUCUAGUUAGAGAUUUCUGGGAAACAGAAUUUCUGUGCAAUGAGACAAACAGUGAAAGUGUUUCAAGAACUUGCAAAGAGAAUCCAGAUCUGUUUCAGCUUAAAGGUCAUGAUGAUGAUUUGGAGAUGUUGAGGUACCCCACUAAUAUUUACAAAGCCAUCUAUGCAGUAGCUCAUUCUCCACAGCAUAUUGAAGUGUUCAGACAAAAAGGGUGUGAUAAGGCUCUGGAGAUCAAACCAUGGGAGGUGGUGGAGGCACUAAAGCAUGUAAACUUCACUAUUAAGAAUGGAGAAAGCGUGUGGUUUGAUAAUACUGGAGCAGCUGUCAACAGAUAUGAGUUGGUGAACUGGCAGCUUGGAUCAGACGGAUCCAUUCUAUUUAAACCCGUUGGUUACUAUGAUGCCUCCCUGCCCUCUGACAAAGGGUUUUCUCUUAACACAGAGGCCAUUAUAUGGUCUGGAGGAGGCAAAGAGCUACCUGUGUCGGUUUGCAGUGAAAGCUGUCAUCCAGGAACCCAUAAAGUCCUUCAAAAGGGAAAGCAUGUGUGCUGCUUUGACUGUGUGCCGUGUCCAGCUGGAGAGUUUAGCAACACGACAGGUAACACAGUCCUAAUUCACACCAACAUUCAUGCACACUCUACCUGCUUAAGCGUGUGUAUCAUGUUAAAAUUAGCAGCUAUGCAGUCAGUUAUUAAUGUUAUUAGAAUGUAUCUGAUGUAAAUAGAAUGAUAUCACUUUUUGUUACAGAUUCUAUUGACUGCAAAAAGUGCCCUGAAGCAUAUUGGUC